UUGUAUUCUAUGGUUGACAGAAAGAUUGCUUUGUGAUACAGUUGGUGUAAAUUUUUCAAAAUACUCCACCAUCCCGUGGACCAUUGAUUAAAAAUUUUAUAACUGAAAAAUAAAGAUCCGCCGUUAAAAUGCUCGGAGUUGAAGAUGAGGAAGAAGACUUGGAGGACACGCAUCUGUGUAUAAAGUGCAACAGGACAAUAAUAGGCAUAGAAAAUUACAUAAAACAUCGUAAAGAGAAAAAUUGCGGACGCGAUAAAUCAUCCCCUACGCUGAAUCGCGUUCAGGAUGAUCCAACGUAUGGGGAUCGAAUGGGCAAUGAUAGCUUUAGCUUUAACUACUCCGGAGAGACUCCAAAGCCCCACGAUACGCCGUCUGAUGUGAAACUUCCCACGGAGAAUCUUGAGUAUCACUACGACCUAGGAGCAGAUAUAUUCUUCUCCUCCUUAGAACUACAGAGUAGUUCAAAGAGGAAUGUUUCGAAGACUCCGCACGAUCCAAGGGUGUUGACGAGAAAAGCCACAGCAGCAAUCAUGUCAAGUCAUCAUGAGGAUGACUGGAUACCGCCACAGCAUCACAGUGAGUCAGAAAAACUCAUGGAAGCUGUAUCGGAAAUUGGGGAUAUGAAGAAGGAUUUACCGAUUUUCCAUCAAGUGGACUUCCCGCAGGAAUCCGCCGAGUCUAGUUCUGAGGAGGAGGACAUUGAAGACUUUGGAGCACCACCGAGAAAUCAUACUGGUGGCAAGUGGAAGCCUCCUGAUCCCGAAAUUCCCACAAGUUCUCCAUGGCGAGCUGAUAAUCACUGGGAUGAUGCAGAAGAAACCCUUGUUGAUGAUAAAUGGAGCAAGCUUGACAAGAGUCAUGACAAUGAUGACCCCGAAGAUGACUUCUUUUCCCCACCGUCAAAUCACACGAAAGGAAAAUGGGUUCCUGGUUCUAAAAUCACCAAGCUAGACUACAAGAAUACAGCUGGAAGGAAAUCCCUGGAUAAAAUCCCAAUGUGGUGCCACACAUGCAACAGACAGCUAGCAUCGCAGAAGAUGUACAAGCAGCAUCUCAAAUCAAACCUUCACAAGAGGAAAUCCCUUCCAGAGAUUGAACUUGGACAAUCAUUUCUACCUCAGCAAUCACGUAUGGGCUACUAUACCCGGCAAAUGCUGAAAAAUCAACAGAAAGAUCCCGAAGAACACGCCAAGGAGAAGGAGAAACCUUCACGUGCAAAGAGGCCAAAGAAGCGAAAGAGGAUUCGGAAGAAGAUCUAUUCGUACUGCGAAGUUUGUCGUAUGAAGAUGCGUCAUCAUCUCUUUGGGAAGCAUCUUAUCUCCCACUAUCACUACAGAAGAAUGCAUUUGCAACCACAGAAGUGUCUGGCUACAGUUCUCAGCAAUAUUCACCGAAUUGUCCUGCAGUCACCAUUCCAGUGCCAACCGUGUAGAUUUUAUGCUAACACCGAAGAAACUUUCAUGUCUCACUGGAAUUCUCAGGAGCAUGAGAAAAGGAUUGCAAGAGUAUCUCGCCUCUACUGCAGCUUUUGCAAAUUUGAAUGUUCCGAGAAUGCAACGAUGACUCAUCAUCUGAUAGGCGUGGAGCAUCAGGAGGUAAUCUGGGCGAUUAAUCGCUCAGUUCCAAUAAUUAUACGUGAAAAAACUCUUAUCAAAUGUGAUUUCUGUAGCCGAGAAUUUCGCUACAACAUCGAACUACGUCGUCAUGCUGUUACAUCAUGCCAACCUCUUACAAAAGCAAGCAGUGGCUCCGAUGCGUAUCAGUCAAAAUUCUUCUGUACACAGUGCUGUAUUUCCUUGAAAACGCGGAAAUCCCAACAGAAGCACGAUAAGCAUACUCACGGCAAAAACACCUAUUUCUGCUCAGUCUGUGAUGAAUCCUUCCCUUCGGCUGAAGUUGCCAAAGUUCACAGAUAUUCCUUGAAGCACAAAAUAUCCUCCGCCAGGAAGAGAAAUAAGAAAGACUUGCAACGAAAUUGUUCAAUAUGCAAUGUAACCGUUGAGGACGUUCUCAAGCUGAAGGAGCACAUUACACAGGAGCAUCCUGAGAAGAAGUACUACUGCUCAAGAUGCGAUGAAGCCUUCAUUCUAUCGCAAGAACUAUCACGGCAUAGAAGGGAUAAAAAAUGCCAGGCUAAAGUAAAGAAAACCAUUAAAAUUGAACAAGAUUGGGAAGAUCCUGAUGAAGAUCUCUAUCAGAUGUUGGAUUAUGAUUUGAAUAAUGUGGCUGAAAACUCAGGAGAGCAUCUUGAGGGAAAUCUCAUCAAAGAGGAGUACUUACUUCAAGAUGUGAUUGACGAGGUUGAACCAAUUGAUGUGAGUGAUUAUCCAGCUGAGAUUUUUACCUGUAAGAUCUGCAACACGGAUUUCCGAAAAAGGUUCCUCCUGGAGCAGCAUCUCCACGUUCAUCGCGAGCAACUACCGUGCCGGCGUUUCCUGUGCACCAAGGAGGGAUGCCACUUCACUGGCAGGAGUGCGGGGGAGGUGAACAGGCACAUGGAGACACACGAAACUGAAAGGAAGCAUCGCUGUCCACAGGAAGGGUGCAGCUAUCAAGGGAAAACUUUGGCAUUGCUCAAGAAGCACCAGAAGAGCCAUUCCGACGAUCGGGAGGAGCUGCAUUGCCCAAACUGCCCUUACAUCACCUACAACAAAUCCCACAUGACGCGCCACUCACGAAUCCACAGCGGCGACAAACCCUUCAAAUGCCCCUAUUGCCCGUACACCUCCAACACCUCAACCAACCUCCGGAAACACAUCUUUUCGACAAAACUUCACACAGCAACGGAAACCACCACCAAAUAAAAGACAAAAAAAAAUGAAAUUUCCUGUGAUUUGUGUCCAAUUAAAAAAGCUUCAAGUACAGGGAGAGAAAAAAUAAGUCUAAGAUGCGGAGAUGUGGGGGGAUGAGAAGGCUGGCGCAUCACUUGAAGACAACCGUGUCCAGCAUAGCACCCAGACACUGAACAAUGUUGUUCUGCAUGAGAGUCUCCACUUUCUCCUCCAAAUGCCUCUUCGGAUCCUGCUUGCCGACAUUCUUUAUUGCCAGCUGUUCUGGGGUCAUCUUUUCCUCAUCCUCCAGAGCCUGCAAGAAUAUUGUUGAAUAAAUUACCCAAUUUUUUACAUAUUUUACACCAAAACA